UCUAGCCUUUCCAUUCCAUCUUGCUUUGCAGGGUUUUGUUUUUCUUUCUUUCUUUCUGUCUUUCGAGUUUUGACCUGAAUUGAUGGAGUCCGAGAAGAUCAUGGAUCCCGUGCGGGAUUAGUUAAGAAUAGACUAUAUCGAUAUCUUGUAUUGGUAUUUCACAGGAAUGACUGGCCACGGCUCCCGCGGCAAGGAGAUUCUUGGAGAAUUGAUGAACGCCGAGUUAUUCGGAGGCUUCGACACCAAAACUUGUCAAGACUUCAUUAAUUGGUUCACUAACAUUGAUUCCUCUGGCAAAACCUAUUAUCGUCAUGAAUUCGAAACUCUUUGCGAAUCAGACUCAUUUUUUCGUCUCUGCGAAGACCUGUAUCUGCACGACUACCAUAUGGUCAGUCGUCGGAACAUAAUUUCCCUAAAAAGCUUGGACGGAGUGGCUACAAGCAUUGACAUGAGAGUUGUCGCCGCUGAAUCUGAGGUUUUGAGUGCUUUUACAGAUCGUGGUGGUGGGCGCCGCUUGGUCAAAGGGGAUGAGAUCCCGCUGAAGAAUUUAUCAGGCAAGAUCGUCUCAGAGAUCACGCACUUCAUGAACAAAAAACACGAUUUUAGCAGAGAAUUGAAGAACCUUAUCAUCAACUACAAGGGUUGGUGUACACAAUUUCUUAAGCUUAACCGAACCAUGCUCUCAGACUUGAAUGAGGCUGCGGAAUUUCUGGGCAUCAAGAGCUUGUUCAAGUUGACAGGAAGGGCAGUGAUGGAAUUAGGGGAAAGAAGUAUUGAGGAGAUAACAGAGUGGUGCGGGAGACUUUCAUUUUCAGAAAUGCUGUCAUCCCUUGUGGUUGGGGUUGAAGAGGAUCUCAGGGAAAGGGAGGCUCCUUCCCUUUGGCCUUUUGCAUGACAAACUCAAAUAAAAUCCAAAUAUUCUUCCCUAGAAUCCAAAGAAACUCCUUAAAAUCCAAAUUCCCUACAAUCCAAAGAUACUCCCUACAAUCCAAAUUGUAGUUUAACUUCAGUUGCCCUUUUUUUCUUUAAGUACGGGAAUGACGAUCUAGUUAAUUAGUUUUCUUUUCUUUCUUAAAAUGUUGGUGUUCAUACCUUUUGUUCAAGUUACAACCUUGUGUUCAUGCCUUCAUGGUAUCUUAUUGUCAUUAUUUGA